AUGGGGCAUUUAUUUAGUGAAGACUUGAAGUGGAGAAUAGUAUAUUUGCAUCAAGACGGAUAUAGUAAACGACGAAUUAGUAAACUGCUUUAUAUGAGCUAUUCAGAGAACCCUUUUAAGGGUGCUUCUGGUCGCAAGAAGCUGUUCAAAGACAGUGACAUGAAGAAUCCGAAAAAACUGGUAAAGGAAAGAGUAGACUGGUAUUUGGAUGAAUUGGUAGUGGAAAUGGAAGCAAUAACAAGCAAGCGAGUAUCAAUUCCAAUACUGUGGCACUCGUUGAAAUAUUGCAGAAUUACACGGAAGAAGAUACAUACAAUGGCAGCAGAGAGAAAUGAGUUGUUACGUAGUGCAUUUAUUGCAAAAAUCGGGAAUGGUUAUGUACCUGAGCAAUUUGUGUUUCUUGAUGAAAGUGCCAAAGAUGAGGAUAAACGCUAUACGAUACUACCAGCUUUAACAAUUGAUGGGAUUGUUGCUGUUGAGAUCAUUGAGAGGAGCUAUGAUAAGAAAAAGUUUGAAGAUUUCAUAUAUACUCAAGUGAUACCUCACAUGAAUCCGUUUCCUGGCAAAAAUAGUGUUCUGGUUAUGGAUAAUGCCAGGAUCCAUCACAAUGCUGAAUGGAUUUCUGUUAUAGAGGAACUUGGGGGUCAUAUCUUAUUCCUAUCACCAUAUUCCCCUGAUUUUAACCCAAUCGAAUUAGCAUUUUCAACCAUCAAAGCUUGGCUCCAACGAAACAAUGAUUUUGUACACACUUGCAGUGAUGUCGUAGGUUCUUCCUUCGAAUUCUCAUCAGGUGGUUUUGGUGGUUCCCACCUUGCGGAUUUAUCCCCAUUGGUUCUCCUUUUUCUCCUAAUAGUGAUGGUGAUGCUGUCUUCGUCUCUUCUCGCUCUCGUCUUGCAUUAA